ACGCACCCUAUUCGCGAACUUGUUGUGCAUUCAAAACCGUAUGUAACUGUGCAGCACUCCACACCACCACCACCAUCACCGUCUUCUUUGUUGUCCCAUUCCAAUCAUGCACACACUUUCUCUUGACUCUCUCUCUCCGUCUCCGCCAUUCACAUUCCACAAGCGCCCUCGACGAGAUGAGAUGAUGAGCAGCAGAGCGCCAGCGCGCCCCCUUUGCACCACCCACAAUGCCACACUUCAUCCUCUACCCACCCGCCGCCGCCGUUCGCUAGCGGCAAAUAUCCAUAUUUUUCUUGCUAGGCCGCUAUUACUGAAGCUUGCUAAGUUGCUCUCGCUCUGGCUAUGUAAUCAUCAACUUUGCUUUCCGUCAUGCCACGAUCGGCCUAGCCCUGUCUCAAUGUCCUGCCACUCACUGCAAUCAGCCUGGCUUGUCCCCCCGCGGCCGUUGCUUUUGUGUGCGUGUGUAUGUGAGUGUAUUAUGUGGGUGUGUGUGUGUGCCAUCCAUCAUUUCGCUGUACGAGCUGCUAAAUAUCCCUGCUGCUAAACAUGCCUGCCUUCUGGUGAGUCGACUUGGGCCGCCUGUAGCGUCGACACCACUCUAGAGUGUUGGAGUGCCAGCUAACACACUUCGCCCCCGUUGGUGCUGACACAACUACGAGCAUCGCAUCGCAUCGCAUCGACAAGGCAUUGCAUUGAUUCCCUCGACGGCUUUGGCUUCAU